AUGUCCGAGACCUCGAGCUACCAGGGCCCAUCUCGCCGCCCGUCCUUGUCAGCGUCCACGAACGGCGGCUCCAUCCGCUACGUCCCUCCACCCGGCGAGAGCGGACCAAAGCGCUCCAACACGUACAAAUCGACCGGCACCCGCAACACUGGUGGUAGUGGCAGAAGUCGUCCGACCUUGUACCCCUCCGAGUCGUCCAGCACGCUCGUUGGGUCUGCACUGGAACGCAAAGUUCGUGAUGAGGACCCGAUUGUGCAGAGGCAGGAUACCUUGCCACGGCUAGACGCAUUGAGGGAGGAGAUGGAGAAGCAAGGUCUCGACUGGUACAUCAUUCCUAGCGAAGACGCGCAUGGGUCGGAGUAUAUCGCUCCAACCGAUAAGCGACGGGAGUGGAUAUCUGGGUUCACUGGUUCUGCCGGUCAAGCCGUCAUCUCGCACAACGGGGCCUGGCUCAUCACCGACUCCCGCUACUGGCUGCAGGCCCGCGACCAGCUCGACAGGAACUGGGAGCUCAUUGAAGCCGGUUCCCCAGGCCUUCCCAAAGAAUGGAUGGAGUUUCUUGUGAGCCAAGCCGGCAGUGACAACAAAAUUGGCAUCGACGCUCGCCUGAUAUCGUACGAGAAGGCAUCACGUCUCAACCAAGAGCUUAAGGCCAAAGGCGCGAAGCUGCAGUAUCCUCCCCAGAACCUCGUCGACCUGAUCUGGCGCGAGAAGCCAGCCCGCUCUCGCGAGCCCGUGUACGUCCAACCGCAGGACUUCACCGGCAUCGGCGCUGGGCGUAAGCUUGCUCUCAUUCGGGACUGGAUCAUGGACCAGCGUCCGUCGAUCCCGUCGUACUCCAAGUCUUCGGAGCCCAAGGCGUCUCAGAAGCAGGUGGCGACACUAUUGUCUAACUUGUCGGCAAUCGCGUGGACGUUAAACUUGCGCGGGGACGACAUUCCUUUCAACCCCGUCUUCCAUUCGUACCUGUUCAUCGGCCUAAGCGACGCCACGUUGUUCGUCGACCAGAGCAAGAUCACCUCCGACGUCCAUGACUACCUCUCAUCCAUCUCCGUGAAUCUUCGGGACUACAAUGACAUCUGGACUUUCCUGCGCCGCAAGGAAUGGGGCGAGGGUAACGUCAUCGUCUCCCCGGAAACGUCAUACGCGAUCUGCCUCAUGGUGACAAGCUUCAAGUACACCGUGCUCCCCUCCCAUGUUGAGGAGCUGAAGGCGGUCAAGAACGACAAGGAGAUCGCUGGUCUUCGGAACGCUUACCUGCGCGACGGUGCUGCGUUCGUCCGGUGGCUCGCUUGGCUCGACUCGAAGCUGCAGCAAGGUUACGACAUCACCGAGUACGAGGCUGCAUGGCGCCUGACCGAGUACCGGCGCAAGAACAAGCACUACAUGGGGCUCGCGUAUGAGAACAUAUCGGCGAGCGGGCCUAAUGCCGCACUGCCGCACUACGUCCCGCGCAAGUCGACGGCGCGUAUGAUCGACCGCGAGACGCCUUACCUCAACGACUCGGGAGGGCAGUAUCGUGACGGCACCUGCGACACGACGCGGACCGUUCAUUUUGGUCGGCCCACGGCGGAGCAGUGUGAGGCAUUCACGCGUGUUCUUCAAGGCCACAUUGCCAUUGACUCGGCCAUCUUCCCUGAAGGCACCUCGGGGGCGAGGCUGGACGUUCUCGCGCGCAAGGCGCUCUGGCAGGACGGCUUGAACUACAUGCACGGCACUGGCCACGGGUUCGGCUCGUUCUUGAACGUGCACGAGGGCCCGCAGUCGUUCUCCUCGGACACGCCGCUCGUUCCGGGGCAUGUCAUCACCAACGAGCCCGGUUUCUACAACGCGGGCAAGUGGGGCAUGCGGAUUGAGUCUGCGCUCGUCGUAAAGCGAAUCAAGACACGGGGCAACUUCAACGGUGAUCAUUGGCUUGGGUUUGAGCGGCUGACGUGUGUGCCGAUCCAGACGAAGAUGGUGAAGGAGGUGAUGCUUUCCAAGGAGGAGCGACAAUGGCUCAAGGACCACAACCGUCGCUGUCUUGAUCUCCUCCAGCCGUUCCUCCGCGACGACACGCGGGCAGUGCGCUUCCUCCGCCGCGAGGCCGAGCGCGGGAUCGGUAUCGCCAGUGCCGGGCCCGGUGGACUCACCAUCGACUGGGACUGA